AUGGCAAACAGCCAGCGUGAAGACAACACGAUAUACUUAACGGAGAAAGAGGCGGAGCGGAUACAGAAGACAGUCAAAGAACGAUUAGAAAAGUGCAAGGAGCAAAGCGGAAAUGUAAAGGCUCCGAGGGACAAGCUAGCUGCUCACCAGCAGGCCACGGGCGCAGCUCUCAUGGCAGACAUGGGAGGUGCACCGGAUCCGGAUAUGAUGCAAACCCAAGGCAAGACUUCAACUACGAUCCCUGUCAUUGGCGUAGGCCAGCCAUAUCCUCCAUGCACGACGCCACUGUCAGAUUUGAAGCCGAUGAAAAUGGCAGAUCUGAAGAUGGAGACGCAUCACCGAGGCUACAAACUGGUUGUAAAGCGAGAGAGCCCAGUAGUUACACUCGUCGCGAGGUCGUGGACUAUGGUUCAGGAUGAGGACGGAAGCGAUGCAGAACGUCUGGAGAUAUUGCUGCACAAAACACGGUACAGCGAAGAUGUGUUGGAGUCCACAAAGCAGUUCAUUAUCAAAGAGCCUUACUUUACCCUCACUGAACAGGGAGAGCCUACUCUUCGAAUCGAUCAUCCCUCUGACCUAGUCAUCUGCCACGAAGAGGGCACCAAAGAUUGGGCUGAUGCAGCGGCAGCGGAGAAGGCAGCUACACGCUUCAAAACUCAGGGCAACAACGCACUUAAGAAGCAGGAUCUCCCACUAGCCCACGAGAAGUACACCACAGGCCUGGCGAUCGCAAAGCAGGACAUCGUCGCAGGAGAGAAUCCCGAUCUAGCGCGCGACAUUUUUCGGAAUCGUGCUUAUGUCAACCUGCUACUAGGUCGGCUAGACGAAGUGAAGACUGACGCACGAGCUUCACUAACCGGAAGAGACGAUCAGAAAUCAAAGGAACUAGAUAGCAAAGCUUACUACCGCGCUGGGUCAGCCUCGUACAACCAGAGCCGCUGGCAGGAAGCCAAACGUUUUUUCCAAGAAGCACAGAAGCUCACCCCGGACGACAAGGACGCCAAAGUACAACUAAAGAAGAUUGAAGCGCGUCUACGCGAGGAAGAAGCAGGAGGCUACAAUCUAAUGAAGAUCAGGACCGGUCUCUCAAAAGCCCGAUCAAGAGUUGACGCUGGAAACUUUAUCAAAAACACUGUAGUCAAAGACAGCCCAGGAAAGGGCCGCGGACUAUACGCUACCCGUGACCUCGCCCCUGGCGAGACUGUCAUGUGCGAAAAGGCCUUUUGCGUAGUAUGGGGUCACGAAGAAGACACUCUUACAGCUAUGACGUAUGACAUCCGCGACGACCGUAUUCGCGUCGCACCCGUCGGUCUCGCAAAAGCGCUCGUUCAGAAAUGUCUCAACCAGCCAUCUCAAACUGAAGACCUAAUGGAUCUCUUCGGUGACUAUCAAGGCGAAGGCAGCGAUGUAUACUCAAACGAGGAUGGCCCCGUCGUAGACAUCUUCCGGGUCCACGACAUCAUGUCGCGCAACGCCUUCGGGCCUGGAAGUCAGUUUGGAGAAGAGAGCGCGAGAAAUGCUAGUACAGGUCUUUGGCGUCACGCUGCAUAUAUCAACCACUCCUGUCUCGCCAACACAACAAAGGAGUUUGCGGGCGACAUGAUCAUCAUCCGCGCUACGGAGCCUAUUAAAGCUGGCGAGGAAAUUUUCCACCCCUACGAUGCUUCGCUUGACUAUGAAACGAGACAAGGGUUCCUGGAAAGGACAUGGGGUUUCAGAUGUGUAUGUAAGCUUUGUGAUGCGGAGAAAGAGGAUGGACAGGAGAUCAGGGAUAAGAGGAUGGAGCUGAUGGGCGAAGCGGAUGCUUUUAUCGACAAGACGCCUUGGGCUGGCGCGAAGAGAGUGGUACUUAGGAAGGCGGCUAAUAUUUUGAAGAGUCUUGAUGCGACGUAUGAUGAGGGAAGGUGGGAGGGGCUGCCUAGGAGACAUACGGAGGGAAUCAAAGCGUGGCUGGUGAAGGCUAGUCCGCGGUAA